AAUUAAUUUUUCUAAAUUUUGAAAUUAUGAUUCAUCUUUAUCUUUCUCUUCUGUUUCAAAUGUUGUUUUUCCAAAGAAACAGUUCAAAUUACUUUGUGCAACAUUGAUAUUUCACUUACUGGUGUUGUGUUUGAGCCAUUUGAUGAAGUUAACAAAGAUGAAUUUAUGGUUCCUAUCACACUACAAACUUCACUUGCUCGACAGAGAUUCGCGGACGAAUGUGAAUCUGCUAUCAAUGAGCAGAUCAACAAUGGGACUAGCAUUGUCCUCGGAGAAGUUAAUAAAUGAGAAACUCCUGACCCUGCAUAGCGUGGUUGAUGACUCCGAAAUGCAAGAUUUUGUUGAACGCGAAUUUCAGGCUGAGCAGGUUUAGGCUAUUAAGAAAAUUGCAGAAUAUGUAACUCAGCUAAGGAGGGUUGGAAAAGGACAUGGUGUGAUAAAUACUCUCUAACUUAC